AUGGCGUCUAAACCAGCAGAUACCAAAGCGAAACUUCGCGAAUUGAUGAAACAGGAAAAACAAAAAAAAAUUGAUUCACCACUCGCGAAGUAUACAAAUACCGGCCAAUUGUAUUGUGCAUUAUGCAAUCAAAAUUUAACCAGUGAAACAGUUUGGAAAGCUCAUGUCAAUGGACGAGACCAUAAACAAAAAUUAGUUGAGCUCAAAUCGAAUAUCAAACAAACAAAUGCAGAUGCAGCCUUUGCUUUUGCUGUACCAGCGAUUCCACCUCUAGUAACAAAUCAGCAGCGUGGUAUUAAGCGUUCUCAUGAUGUCGCGAUAUCAAACAAACAUGAAAUUGUUGGUAAACCAUCUGGUCCUGUUAAUUCAUCAACAGCUGCUUCAAACUCUGCAUUACCUGCUGAUUUUUUCGAUACCGGUGCAUCGAAAUCUCAAAUAAUCACUAGUAAACCAAUUACGAAAUCAUCAUUGUCAACAGCGAAAGAUAGUGUUGCUGUGCCAGAAGAAUCUCCUGCUUUGCCCGAAGGAUUUUUUGAUGAUCCACAAGUCGAUGCACGUAUGAGAAAAGUCGAAUAUGUGGACAAAAUGGAAGUGGCAUGGGAUCAAUUCACACGUGAAAUGAAGCAAGAAGCAAAUGUAUCAGAAAAAUUAGAAGCAACUGACGACAAUGAACGUGAUGUUGAACGAGAAAUAAUUGAAACCGAUGAAUUGAUUUCCCGAUGGCAAAAAAUCGAACAAAUGCACGAUAUAAAAGAUAGUCGAUUUAAAGUAGUAAAAGAAGGAAUAAAAAACUCCAAAAAAAAACAAACCAAAAAUGAAAUCGAUAAUGAAGAUGAUGACGAAGAAUUAGAAAAGGAAUUGCAAAGCAUGUACAAUUGGAGACAGAAACGUUCGUGA